AAGAUGACUCAAGAAUAUUGGCUGUCUUUCGUCGGUUGAAGAGGAUGACAGAUCGCCUAGUUGGAAGUCCAUGGGUCGACACAGCGUAAACGGCCCAUGUGCUUAGCUAAGCGCUUGACACCCGAGACGGAAAUGGAGGGAUUGACUGCUAAGUGUCAAGAGAUGGAAAACAGUCUCACAGUUGUAAAUCGCGGCGCUCUCUUUGACUAAUUUUAGCUGCUUGCUGCUUCCCUACCUGGCUUGACACUUGGACAAAACGAAAGCAUCGAAUACUAUGCUUACAACAAUUCACUACACUGCCGUCUCCACUUUACAAAUAUCCGAUGGAGUGUCAUUGUUCCUGUAGCUGGACCAGUAAUUCCCAUCUUUUCUGUCACCAUGCCCGCCUACUAUCACGUGGAUGCGGCCAGCGACCGCAUCCCCAUGCAGAUUGUGCGCAAGGAGACGCCGCUCUCGCCGACCGAGCGGGCCUUCAUCCUGGCCGUCGAGCGAGGUGACUACGGCAGCGUUCGCCAGGCGCUGGAGGAGGCCGACAUCUACUUCAACCUGAACAAGAACUGUGUGGACUCGCUGGGGCGCACGGGCCUCCUGAUCGCCAUCCAGAACGAGAACAUCGAGAUCAUUGAGCUGCUGCUCAAGCACAAUGUCAACGUUGGGGACGCCCUUCUCCACGCCAUCGACGAAGAGGUCGUGGAGGCUGUGGAGCUCUUACUCAACUACAAAGCGCCUAAGAAAGACAUACGGGCACGUAUCCUACAAGAGCAGAAUGAGUCCGACUUUACCCCAGACGUAAGCCCCGUCAUCCUCGCUGCUCACCGCAACAACUACGAGAUCCUGAAGAUCCUGCUCGAGCGGGGCGCCUCCAUCCCCAAGCCCCACAACGUCAAGUGCGGCUGCGACGACUGCAUCUCCAGCAUCCGGCACGACGGCCUGCGCCACUCCCGCUCCCGGCUGAACAUCUACCGCGCCCUGGCCAGCCCCUCCCUGAUCGCCCUGUCCAGCGAGGACCCCAUCCUGACCGCCUUCGAGCUGAGCUGGGAGCUGCGGAAGCUCAGCUACCGGGAGAACGAGUUCAAGUCGGAGUACGACAAGUUGGUGGAGCAGUGCCGGGAGUUCGCCACUGACCUGCUUGACCAGACGCGGGGCUCUAAGGAGUUGGAGUGCAUACUGAACAGGGACAAUGAAUCCUCCAUUGGAGAGGACCCACUGAGCAGACUACGGCUUGCACUCAAAUACAAACAGAAACAGUUUGUAGCUCAUCCCAACUGCCAGCAGCUGAUCGCCGAGGUAUGGUACCAGGGCCUCCCGGGUUGGCGGCGCCAGCACUUCACGGUGAAGCUCCUCAUCAGUUUCUUCGUUGGCCUGUCCUUCCCGCUGCUGUCCUUGAUGUACCUCUUGGCGCCCCGGACCCGCCUGGGCAAGAUUCUUCGUCUUCCCUUCCUCAAGUUCAUGUGCCACAGUGCCUCCUACCUCGUGUUCCUGGUCCUGCUUCUCAUGGCUUCGCUACCGGACUUGGCCGGCCAGAAGCCCAAUAAGCGGGUCAACGAACGAGCCCCGCCCCCGUCUGACAUUGAAAUCUUAAUCAUCUUGUGGGUAUUAGGUUAUCUUUGGGCAGAAGUGAAACAGUUAUGGGACAUGGGUUUCAAGCAGUACCAACGUGACUGGUGGAACUCGCUUGAUUUCGUCACCAACACCUUGUACAUAACUGUCAUCGGGCUUCGGAUAACUGCAUAUGUUAAUUUACGGGUGAUGGGAAAUGAAAACCACGGGGACAUUGACCUCAAACGUCAGUACUGGGACCGGUGGGACCCCACGCUCAUGGCUGAGGCAACGUUUGCUGUGGCAAAUAUUUUUAGCAUGUUGCGGGUCGUCUACUUCUUUACUGCCAAUUCCCAACUAGGCCCUCUGCAGAUCUCCCUGGGCCGGAUGGUGGAGGACAUUGUCAAAUUUCUCUUCCUGAUGGCGCUGGUCCUCUUCUCCUUCGCGGCCGGCCUGAACCAGCUUUACUGGGUGUAUCAGGAAGAGAUAGAUCCGGGCAUGUGCUUCGGGGUUGCGUGUCCAGAGCCCAAUAAUGCUUUCACAGAUGUCUUCCAGACAUUGCAGGCGCUGAUCUGGGCCAUUUUUGGCCUGACCGAUCUGUCCAACACUAAGGUGAAGACGGAGUUUGGCCACAACGUGACCGAAUUCAUUGGGGCCACCAUGUUUGGUGUCUAUUGCAUCAUCACUAUCGUGGUCUUACUCAACCUGCUGAUAGCUAUGAUGAACGACUCGUUCCAGAAGAUACAGACGCAAUCCGACAUGGAGUGGAAGUUUGCCCGGUCCAAACUGUGGAUGAGCUACUUUGAUGAGGGAGAAACGCUUCCUGUGCCGUUCAACAUCAUCCCCUCCCCGAAAAGUUUCUACUACAUCGCCCGCAAAAUCUACAGACUUACCUGCAAGAAGAAAGUGAAGCCAAACACAGAGAACAGGAACGUUACUAAGCUGAAUUUAGCGCAGAGACGAAGACUCAAUGAUGAGGAGUACCAAAAAGUCAUUAAGAACCUCAUCAAGCGAUACCUGAACAACAGCCGCCGAGGUGAGCGGGCCGAAGGAGUCAGUGAAGACGAUCUCAAUGAGAUUAAGCAAGAUAUCUCGGCCUUCCGCUACGAAAUGCUGGAGAUUCUUAAAGGUGGUGGGCAACAGAAGGUCGGUCCCAACGACAGGAAUGGAGAUGGGAGUGUCAAGAAGAAAGCCAUGUCCAUCGGGAGUAUAGGUGCUAGUAUCUCCACCACCUCGAUGUCUUCCAUGUCCAGUGGCUCACCCCAGCUGGAGAGGGUACCUUCCUACUUGCUCAGAAAGGGCAAGAAGAACAAACGGAGCCCGCAGCACCGAGAGACCCUGCACGUACCGCUUAAGUGUGACCCGAUCCAGGAGGAGGACUACUCGCUCCCCGAUUUCCUCAAGGUGAAGAACGUCAAGAACGUGGUGAGCGCCGUGAAUGAGAUGAAGCGAUCGUCGCGGAAGCGCCGGCUGAGGGACUUGAUGGGCCAGGCGAGCUCCACCAGUGCCCUCCACGAAACGCUGGACGAGAACCCGGGGGAGCCCCUGGCCGGCUCGCCUCGGAGGCUGGUCAGCCAAGUCUCGGUGGACAUGAACGACGAGGAAAUGGAGAUGGAGGUCAUGAAGGAGAGCCUGAUAGAGCCCGGCUCCAACGGGAAUAAAAGCACCUCUAGCGAGGACGAAUCAGACGAGCCCUUGGUGAAGGGUACCAAAGAGCUGGCGCGGCGAGUGAAGAGUUUUGCUGGGCACAGUGGCCACGACAAUGGAGCUCUCCACUUAGAUGAGAGCGGAGUGGACGGGGUCGUGCGCUCCCCGACCCAGCAAAAUAACAGUGGCGACUCCCAGAGCACCUCUGGUAUUGCAUCCCCAAACAAUAGCUUCCAGUCCCAGGAUUCGGUGGAUGCGGAAGCAGGAGGCACCGCCGCCGUUGUACGAGACUCGGACAGCCCCAGUGACCCCGAUGACGAUGUGGAUGUCAGUACUGGAAUGAACGUGGCCCUAAGACCAAAGGCCAAGCAAAAAAAGUGGCCGCCGAAGCGAACCUCAUUCCUAUGGAGCAGCCCGCCUGCCCCAAAGGAAGGGGAGGACGUUGAAAUGACCAAAUUUCAGUACAAUGGUUUCAAGCCGUGAGGCUUACGUGGGUCCGCUUUUCAAAUCACACCUUAGUGCAUGGAUUUCACUCUACCAGAGGCCCAAAAAUACAUAACUGUGCAUAGAGUUUUGCACCAAGUCAAACCUGCACCACUUUCGUUACCAUUUCCCAAAGUCUCAGAGAAAUUAAUUAAUUUUUUUUUUGCAUGUUGACCUAGCUUUUACGCCCGAAUAUUGGCACUGAUCCGAAGGAUCUCUCGUUUAUUACAAAAGCCUGAUACAGUCGGCCGUGGUUUCAUUGUUUGAAUUUUGAUAAUUCCCUUGUAGAUUUUUGGAAAUCUAGAAAUGGCAAUUGGCAUUUAGUCCCUCGAAAACAGACACACAGAAUACAGAAAUUAAUCAAAGGGGCAAACACUCCAAAAACCAGAGAACAAUGGUUAUAUAACUAGCAGAAGAAACAUUACGAGUGGAGUGUAUUUUACAGACUUUUUCAUUCGUAUUUGUGCGGAGUGUGUUAAGAAAAAAAGUACAUAAAAGCACCUGUUUUAGGACUUGUGGAGUCAAAUCAUUUUAUUGGAGCGAAUGUGAGCAGGAGGACACAAAGAGAAGUACUUUGUUGGUGCGCGUGCCUUUUAAAAGAGUUCCAUUCGUUGACAUUUUGAAGUUCUUUCAUCAUUUCCAGUAUUUAUUGUUGCACCUGUCACAACAUAUAUAUUAUUCUUAGAUUUAUUUGCAAAUGUCACCCACGGCUGUGUAAAUAUAUAUACAAAAUAAUUAAAAUUGUCAGAGAAAUUGAAAAAGCCGUUUUUCAAUUAACAUGUAUACGUGGUUUCAGAGCUUCCAGGGUUAAUUCUCCCAUUAAAUUGUAAAAUAGGACUUCUACUUUGUUCAUAUCAAAUACGAUUUAGAAACUGUAAGAUAAGCACAAGUAUAUUUUAAUGAUAGCAUGAAUUCCUUGUGAAUAUGACACCUUUUUAUCGAUUCUCUCGACUGAUAGAACACUAUUGUGUUAAGAAAAAUAUUGCAUCAUGUUGUAAACCGGAUGAUUAAAAUCAAAUUUUAGAAUUCUUUGGAUGCAAGUUAAAGCAUACAUUUUUACGAUUACUAGGUAUGAAAGGGACGAGGGUAACGCUUGAUUAAUUUGCAAUAUUUAUUUGUUGAAAUGGUUUUGUCUUUUAAACGAAGAGAAGAAACACUGUUUUUUAAUUAGCACAUUCCUGUACUCCACUUAAAAAAAAAGUCACUUCAGAUUUUACCUUUUGUAAGACUUGAAUACGGCAUAUGCAUCCCUUCGUAAUGCUGUGAAUGUGAAUGUGCCUCAGUCAAGAGCAGUUUAUUGCAGUUGCAUGCAGCCGAGAACCUGCGUACUUGUGAGAUUUCGGGGUUGUGUGGAGGAUAAGAAAGUGGAUGAUUAGCUUUCUGCGAGGACUGUGUGUGUGUUCUAUACUAGGAACCACCGGAGCAGGCAACACGGUUUUGCAUGAACCUGUGAAAUGGGCCGAACGGCUGCAAACGAAUAUAGUGCCACGCGGUAUCGAAGAACAUCGACAUACGAUGGCUUGAUUAUAUGUUUUUGUUAUCAUAAAUUAAGAUGCCCUUCUGGGUAUAUUGCAGUAAGUCUUACUGAGAUCUGAUAUAAAGAUAGAGUUGAUUCUCUGGAAAAAUAUAAUGUCUGCAGCCUGAACCGUAUCACAGCGCUUGUGUGGCCAAACCAUUGUUUGCCCUGGGGUUGCACUUGACGUUUUAACAUUUGUGCAGUGAGGAUUCAUCGAAUUGAUUUGACUUUAUUCUAUGCAGGUCUUUUCAGGUCGUUUUUAAAUUAUAUUACCGAAAUAAACCACAUAUUGUAACAGACACGA